CGUUCACAUGCAUCAGAAGGAGAAAGUCGCGCCAGAAGUCGCUGCAAAAAUUGCAAGUGUAACUGACGGGUCUUAAUAGAUGUUUCUUUCUUGAACAAGGCUCGCCAGACGUGCGAAAAACACAAGACAUUCGCAAAGAAGACCUACAAGUCAUUAACGAAUUGGAGGGCGAGAAAUUCAACGACGUUAAUGUCGAAGAAAUAGAAAAUUUGUUGUCAACAGACGUUGAAAUUGAAAUUCCAGAAACUGCUGUCGAAACCUCAGAUGUCGAAAGAAAUUCAAAAACACAAAAGAAAACGAACUCCGCCGUUCAAAAUGAAGGUGUUAAACACACCUCGGCUACAACCAAAACAUCCAAAUCUAAGGCUGUUAAUUUAGAAAAGAAUUCCCAUGUCAAAAACAUGGAAAUUCAGCCCAGUGAUAAAAAUAACAAGGAAUCGACUAAGAAAAUCCUGGAUGCCAUCAUACAUCGGAUUACGUCGCACCAUGAUCGUAAAUCGCUCGGAGAAAGCCGUAAACAUGAAAGCUCUGGAUUGGGUGAAACGAAAAAGGCGGGAACUGUACGGAAUAAAUCACUGCCAAGUGCGGGUAACACGAAUGCUCAAAAAACAAAAACCGAAACACCUCAAAGUUUUUCAAAAAAUAUGGGAAAUACUGCCGGUGAGGCACGAAAAACGACAACUCACAGAGAUUCGAUAGUUUUUUCGCGACUGGAAGCCAUUGCACAUAAUAUAUUACGAGUUUUAAAACACCAAGAAAGUACAAGCGGUUUGAGGCUGCGUUAUAAAAUGAACCGAGGCGAUUUGUUGAAAAUCCGAGAUUUCAUAAAAACAACAAGGGAUCCUAAAAUUGAAAGAAAAAUUAAAGUUCACAGCGCAAAAGAAGCGUUGGUUGCGAUAAAAAAUCUGAUGAAAUUGAUUAAAAGAAAUAAAUUAGGUCAAGUUAAAAGUAUGGAAGGCAAUGACAACAUUGGAAAUGUCUUUGAAGCGGCGAAUGCAAUAGAUAGCAACGCAUUUAUGAAGUCAAAAGUACCAAAAGAUGGCAAAAAAUUACCUGAUAGUCAAGAAAAACUGUCCGAAACUAAAAAAGUUGCUCAUAUUUCUUCCAAAGAUGGAACGAAAUCCAAUCGAAAACAUGACAAAAAGUAUUAUCUGAAAAAGCUCAAAGAACUAAGGAUUAAACUUUUAAAGAAUAAACUUUUAAAAGUUUUAAAGAUGCGAGACGGUGAUAACUUGAAUGUUGAUUUGAAGAGACUGAAAUCUAAGCUAGAGAAACAGAUUAGACGAGAAAAACGGGAAAAACGAGCUGAAAAACAGGAUGAAGAACUGGAAAAACAAGAUGAAGAACCGAAAAAGCAAGAUGAAGAACUGGAAAAACAAGAUGGAGAACUGGAAAAACAAGAUGGAGAACAGGAAAAACCGGACGAUGAACAGGAAAAGUCGGAUAAAAAACAUGCAACACGAGAAAAAUCGGAACAGGCGAAACAGGAAAAUCGAAACAAAAAACGGGUAUUCAAUAAAAAGGAGACAGAAUUGAACGAGAGUAGGAAUAAAAACAGAAAAAUAUCUCACAAAAAUAACGAUGAGUUCAGAAAUAUUAUUCAAAAUAAAAUUAAAAAUUUGAACAUUAUUGUGAAAAAGGAGGAAAGCGCUGUCGAAAGAGGUACAAAGCGGUUCCUACUCGGACACGGACCAAAGAGUUUUCGAAAGAACUUGAUUUCGCUGGCAAAUUUGGACGCAGAAAAAAUGACGGAUGAGGAUUUGAAGAAACUUCAUGAUAAGAUCAACGAGUGGAUUGAAGUCGAGGAGAAAUUGGAAAGAGAAACUGAGAAUGGCGAGGUUAAAGAUGAGAUUAGUUCAGGAAUAAAUCAAGCUAGUGAUUUAUUGUCCUCACUCCAGCUUGUUGAUGUGAAUGGAAAGAAGGUAUAUGAGAAUAAGGAAAAUGUUGAUAAUUACGAAAACGGAGGUGGGACGAAAAAACGUAAACUAGAAAUAACUAUUGAUAUCAAUAAACAUGGAAAAAAUAAUGGACACCCAAGUGUUAGCAUUGAAAAAGACAACAGUGUUGGAGAUAUGGACACACCAACUGCUUAUAACCAAGAAAGUAACAGGUACGACAACAGCGGUAACACUGCAACAACAAACAACGGUAACCCUCCGGUAACAAAUCCUGGCGUAGCGAACAUGGAAACUCCAAAUGGCAACAAUCAAGAAAUUAAUAUGUACGGCAACAAUGGUAACCCAGCAGUAACAAACAACGGUAACCCCAAUCCAACUGGGUCUAACCUUGCUGUAACAAAUCCCUCACGAAACAGGUAUCUCAAAGAAAUGGCGAAAGCAUACAUGGACGGCAAGGCUAUCAGUGAAAAUAAAAACUUUGGAGAGAAAAUGAAAAAACUGGAGGAAAAUUUUGUUAACAACUUGGAAAACAACAACAACAUUAUGAACAACAAAGAAAACCCCGAGAUCUUAAAUCCAACUAAACAAAAUAACUAUAAUACUUUCAAUAACAAGAAUCUAGCAUCCGGCAAUCAAAAAGAAUUUAACCCAGAAAAGGUUGGAGAUUUUGAUAAAAUGAAUACCAACCUGGCAAAACCAAGUGUCGGCAACGAAAAUACCGCACAAAAUAACAACGUCCACGAGUUAAAUGACAAGAACAACCUAAAUAACGAUCAAAACGUUCACAACGAACAACUCCAGCAGAUGUCAAACAGCCACUCCUUAAGUGACAAUAAUAAAGUUUCCGAAGUGUCUGGUAACAAUCCACAGGAGAAUACAGUUAUGAGUAACCCGGAAAAUGGCGGUAAUUUCGCAAACAAAGGUGAAAACAGCAAGAGACCGAACGACAACAUCGAGCAAAUUGUUGACAAGAACAUACACGUCAUUCCCAAUCAAAAACAAGGGGAGUUUACUAACGGAGGCCACGUUGCUAACGGAGGCCAGGUUGCUAAUGAAGGCCAUGUUGCUAAUGAUGGCCAUGUUGCUAAUGAAGGCCAUGUUGCUAAUGAUGGCCAUGUUGCUAAUGAAGGCCAUGUUGCUAAUGAAGGCCGGGUUACUAAUGGAGGCCAGGUUGCUAAUGAAGGCCAGGCGGCUAAUGAAGGCCAGGUUGCUAAUGAAGGCCAUGUUGCUAAUGAAGGCCACGUUGCUAAUGAAGGCCAGGUUGCUAAUGAAGGCCAUGUUGCCAAUGAAGGCCAUGUUGCUAAUGAAGGCCAGGUUGCUAAUGAAGGCCAUGUUGCCAAUGAAGGCCAUGUUGCUAAUGAAGGCCAGGUUGCUAAUGAAGGCCAUGUUGGUAAUGAAGGCCAUGUUGCUAAUGAUGGUCAGGUUGCUAAUGAAGGCCAUGUUUCUAAUGAAGGCCAUGUUGCUAAUGAUGUCCAGGUCGCUAAUGAAGGCCAUGUUGCUCAUGGACGCCAGGUUGCUAAUGGUGACCAGGUCGCUAAUGUGGGACAAGAUACCAAAGAAGACCAUGUCACUACUGAAGGAAUACUUCCUAAUGGUCACGUCAUUACGAAUGUAGCCGACGUUAUAAGUCAACAAGCACAACAGGCAAACAAAGAUAAUCCCGUGAGUAAACAAAGUCAACAAACACAACAGGCAAACAAAGAUAAUCCCGUGAGUAAACAAAGUCAACAAAACGUAAACAAAGCGGCAAACCAACUUGCAAACACUAUGAACCAAGAUAACCUCAACACUGUUACCGACGUAACAAGUAACCUACAUGACACGCCUAAGAUUGAAUCAUAUCACCUAAAAGACGUCCAGCCCGAGAAGAAACCCAAAGUGACAAAUCCAGAUUACGACGACCAGGACUACGACUAUUCUGAGGCUGACGAAGACGAAGCAGACGACAAAGAAAACGUGUCGGAAGAAAAAUCUUCAAAAAAUAAAACACCUUUUCUUCAAUCAGACAAUCUUAACAAACUCAUGAAAGAACGUAAUCCCGAGCCUAACAAUGUACCUCACCCAAACUCGCAAGGACAUUAUGAAAGUUUAAAUGAAGCUCGCCAAAAUGAAGUUCAGCAGAACACUAACCAAAACCCGAAUACUGAAAAUGGUGGAGCUGUGAAACUUAAUGUUAACCAAAAUCAUAACAUUGAAAAUGGUGGACCUCGGAAGAUUUUCUAUCGUGUGGACAAACCUUUGUUAUUUCAGCAUGCUGGUUAUAAUAAAAUUGCUAGCAGGCUACAGCAUACUCGUGAUAGACAAAGAAUGAAGCUUCUUCAUUCCCAGCAAUUGAAUGGGAAAACUUUCAGUGGAUUGGGUCACGAAAUUGGUAAUACUCAAAGAACGGGAAAAUAUUAUCUCAAUGCAGCUACAACGAAUGGUGCGCAUGUGUCCGAUGGACUAAACCAACACAGGCAUUCAGUUCAAACUUUUACGGGUAAAGAAAAUAACGGGCAUCUAGACCUGCGCCUAGGUUACGCAUUGCAGCAAAGGCCAACACCAAAGAGCACUUAUGAAAGUAACACAAAGGUCGGUGAUGAAACGGGACAAGGGAAUGAACAAGUGCAUCCAGAUAUAUUGAAUGGGAAAGAAAUGAAAGAUGGAAAUGAGAAGCAACAUGUGAAUACCAAUGUAGCUAUAUUGAAUGGAAAAGUAAUGAAAGAUGAAAAUGAGAAGGAACAUGUUAAAACCGAUGGAGAAAUAUUGAAUGGAAAAGAAAUGGAUGAGGAUGACGAGGAGAAUGAGGAGAAUGAGAUGCAACAUGUCAAGACUGAUCAAGCCGAGUUGCCAUACCAAAAUGACGACGGAACGAAGCAAGAUGUGAGAAUCAAUACAGGAGAUAAGACAUCGGAACUUGAUAACCCCAGCGAUGUAACCGUAGUGGAAAGCCCAGAAGAAGAUCCCAACUCAACGGACGAAACAGCAAAUGAUUUAGGAACUAAGUCGCCCAGAAAACUGCAUGGAAAAGCUUUGUUGAAUAAUUUUUUAGACGAAGAAGGUGUAAAACAAACCCAUUCGUCGAAAAUUACUCAAAGUGUUCCUCAAGGUUCUAACACGGGCCCACACAAUUCUCAAGUUUUGUCUGCAGAAGCAGACGACACAGAAUCCGAUGAAAAUCUUUCGGAUGAUGAAAAUUCAGAUGUUCCGCAAUAUUCUGCAAAACUUAUAGAUGGAGACGAUCCAGGCAUGGAGAACACUAAACAUCGGCAAACACACCUUCAUAUGAAGAAAGUUAGACAAAAAUUUAACCAAAUGCUUAGGAAUCGUAAACCUGUUCUACAUUAUACGAUGAGAGAACGGCAUAAGAACCAUAAACCUGUUCUACACUAUACGAUGAGACAACGGCAUAAGAACCAUAAACCUGUUCUUCAUUAUAAGAUGAGACAAAGGCAUAACAACCAUAAACCUGCUGUACAUAUUAUAAUGAAAGCCAAACACAAUCAACAAGUCCCGAAUAUCCACAAUUUACAACGGCUGGUAAACACGAAAUUUACAAAACAGAAAACAGUUGUCAACUUACAACAGAAUACAACACCUAAAGCGGUUAGCAAUUUAGAAAGAGUACCCGAUGCUGAUGCUUAUAUUCGUGGCGCAAUGAGGAACAUUCCUUCGCAAAUUAUUCACGUCGUGAAAACACAGCCGAAGCCGGAACCAAUGGGGCACAAAUCGGGCGCAAACGCGGCGACCGUCUCUAAUGGUACAGCUGUGAUCGAGGAACUAACUUCAGUGAUGCCGAAACUUCAGAAGGUCCAAAUGAAAGUGAAUUCCCAGGGUACGAAAGAAACUACAAGUCCGCAAGAGGCGAAAUUCAUUGAAAAGCAAACAUCUUCAAACGAUCAAAAAUCAAGUUCAGCAGUUUCUAGUGGUGGUGGUGGUGGUGGUGGUGGAGGCGGAGGAGGUUUGGAAACGAGCGGCAUGACUAUGCCUAGUUCUCAGGUCGCGGCGCAAUCUUUGCUCGGCGAAGAUAAAGUGUCUAACUUGAAUGGCAAUGGUAUGACGUCACCAAGUGACGGAGCCGGAAUGACGUCAUCGAGUGAUGUCGAAAUGACGCCAUCAAGUGCCGUAGAUCGGAUGGCAUCAUCAACUGACCCAACUGACCUGACACAGUACGAGCAUAACAUUGAUAUCGCAGAAAGGACUGGUGCUGGAGAUAUCGUACCUGUUGGCGUAGGAACAAACAACCCAACGGAUACCCCCGUGUCAAACAUCCCUGGAAACACACCCACCACAGGCGGUCAAGGCGCACCUCCCGAACAUGUCCUCCUCUCACAAAACAGCGCCAAAGGGGAGGACCUCUUGAAACCUCUGGCCAACGACCCUGACGGUAAAAUCGCAGCAAUACAGGACAUCCGCGCUUUGACCCAUGUACAAAACGAACAACAGACCAGCGCGAGUCAAGAUACGGAGAAAAUAUCAGAUCCCGCAUUUUUAGAAGGCAUGUCGAAUCGUAUAUCACUUUCAGGUGCUCCCCUAGAUUCCUUGGGGAUGGCCCAUACUCCCAGCAUGCCCCUACGUGAUAUUGAUCAACCCGGGUCCACACUCAUGGUGCCGGGAGAUAAGUUAAAACGAGACGAAAAAGGUUUGCCUGAACACAAGAAUAGUUUACAAGAUAAGAAUGCGCAGUUUAGGGUUGAUAACAAAGUCGUCGCGUUGGGGACUGGGUCUGACAGUCCAAAACUCGAUACCAGUCCUAAAACUGGUCAAAUAAACUCCGUUCCACAAGUUCAACAGCUUGCAGGCAAUACGCCCGAAUCUGGUUUGGCAACCCAAGGUGUUCAGGCUCAGAAACCCACAGAGGCUGCGCAUACCUCUCCACAACAAAACCCUGAUAUCUCGUAUAACCUUGCACCGAAAGUAGCAGAAUUGGUUAAGGAGAUUGUGAAGGAAUCCUUGGGCAACGGGCAUGUUCCAUCGAACGAAAAAACGGCAGCGGAAACAAAACAGAACAAGGGGACAGAGGAAAUAUUUGACGGCCCCAGUAAGGAGGGUGGACUUCUGUUAAAAUCUGAGACAAUGGAAACAAAACCUUACGAUACUUCCACUCUGUUGAAAAACUUGCGCGUUGCAGGAAAAGGAUCUGGGGCGAGUCCUCCAGUGAGCCCGCAGUCACAUAAUACAGCGGAUAACUCAAAAACAUCCCUAUUCCUCCCCAAUGUUCCCGCAACCCCCGAAGGUGAUCACGUGUUUUUCGACGGCGAAUCGCAGCCCACUGAUACCGCAGGCACUAUGAAUUUACUAUCCAAAAGUAACUUGAGUAAAAACGAAAAAAUCAAAUUAAUAAAAGCUUAUCAGGAUAGCCAAAAGACGUCGCCCGAGGCUUCGACACGGAAUAACCCGAGCAAAUCGCCGACGACCCCGCCCGAAGUUGACGAGUCAAAGAUAAAUGAAUUACUGAAGGAUGGAAAGUUUAACGAACAUGAUUUGAAAAGCGAUUUUGCUGGAAAAGAAGCCGCCAUGCAAGACAUGAUGCUGUUAGAGAAAGAAAGAGAUAUGGAUGACAAGCUAUCGCAGGCUCGUUUGAUAGCCGCGCAACAGAGUAAGCUAAAAGGGCCUGGGAAUAAAUCGCCAGCCGGAAGUCAACGACAAAAUGGGAUGUCAUUGCCGGGGAAUUUAUCCCCGGAUAUUACGCUGCCUGGGAAUAUAUCGCCGGGUGCUUCGCUGCCUGAAACAUUGCCUGCAGGAACCUCGCCACCGGGGAAUGGUCUCUCGUCGGAUGUAGCACUGCCAGAUAAUAGAUUACCGGGUCCAGGGAACCAGGGUCAAAUGUCCGGGUUCCAGGGUCAAAUCCCCGGGAGUGGACCUUCAGCAUUUUCAAAAGGCGACUCGUCUAUGAUGACUAAAGAGACACAAAUGUAUAAACUGUUAGAUCAGGCACAAACAGGGAUGCCUAAAGGUUUACGAGGAGAAAAUAAUGCUGCUUAUGGAUUGCCAAAAUCAAGAAAGGUAAGGAAAGGUGUAUUUUUAGUUUAGCAAAAUUUUCCAUCAACCCUCCUCCCAUCACUCCGUACCCCGCUCAGACCCCUACUGCUGCUUGCUCACCUCCCCCCCCCUGAAAAUCCGUCUAAGGUUUGCGGUAUCAUCCAAAUUAAUUUAUCAUGCAAAUCUGCAAAUUAAUUUAUCAUGCAAAUCUGCAAAUUAAUUUAUCAUGCAAAUUAAUUUAUCAUGCAAAUAAUGCAAAUUAAUUUAUCAUGCGAAUCAUGCAAAUUAAUUUAUCAUGCAAAUUAAUUUAUCAUGCAAAUUAAUUUAUCAUGCAAAUUAAUUUGAUUACACCAGAACGUUAGAUCACAAAUAUUUUUCAAAGAACAUAAGAAAAAGAACGUCCAAUAAAAGGGAGAAAAGUCCUGACCAAACGAGAAUGAGAGUUGGGAAGUGAGGGUUUGCAUCAGAGUUUUCUCAACUCUCAUGGCCCGGUCAAAUGAGAACAAGAUUUACAUGAAAGUUGAUGAGAGUUGACUGGAUAUUAUCAACUAGACUGAGAGUUGAGAAGCGAGAGUUUGCAUGAGAGUUUUCUCAACUCUCGUGUCCUGGUCAAACGAGAACAAGAGUUGCAUGAGAGUUGAGAAGCGAGAGUUUGCAUGAGAGUUCUUUCAACUCUCAUGGCCCGGUCAAAUGAAAACAAGAGUUGCAUGAUAGUUGACUGGAUAUUAUAACUAGAAUGAGAGUUGAAGAAAAGUGAGAGUUUGCAUGACAGUUUUCUCAACUCUCGUGCCCUCGUCAAACAAAACCAUGAAAGUUGAUGAGAGUUGACUGGAUAUUAUAAACUAGAAUGAGAGUUAGUGAGAGUUGGCAACCCGGUCAAACGAGAAUAGGAGUUGCAUGGGAGUUGAUAAGAGUUGACAGGAUAUUACCGCUAUGUUGACGAGAGUGCAAUUCAUGAGAGUUGAUGAGAGUUGUGGUCAAACGCGAGCGAGAAUUGCAACUCUCAUCAACAUCUCGUUUGACUGGAGCUUAACAAAAACUCGUUUUAGGUUCCUGGGUCCGAAGAGUUUCACAACGGCCUAAACGAUGAAACGAAGUCAAUAGACAACACCAUGGAGUCCAACGAGCCAAAUUAUGACGCAGUGGACACCAACAGCAUCGGGAAAUUCGUUGAUUCAGUGCAAGGACUGUCCCCAGCCGAAGUGAAGGCUUAUGGGAUAGACAUUAAUAAUGACGUGUACAUAGAUAAGCCUGGGCGCCAACGCCCGGCUGCACAGCGGUCUCUAGAGGAGGGGUAUACAUCAAUGGGAGCAGAGACGGGCAGAGAUAUGGAAAGUUUUGGGAGUAUACGAAAGUCACAGGUGAACAGAAAAGAAGGUAGAAAAUUGUGA